AUGGAUAGUCUGCAGUACCAAAUAGAACAGCUGGUGUAUGCACUGGGGAAUCUGGAUCCGAAUCGUACGCUCACACAGGAGGACGCCUCAAGCCUGCAGCUGGCUCUGGCCAAUACAACGGCUAUUGCCCGCAGUGUGGUGGAGCGGCAGUCCUGCCAUGCUCUGUCUGAGGGAGACACAGCUGCUGCUGCCAGCCCACCGCUUUCCUUCUCUGUGCAAGGGAGGGAAAAGCAGGCGGAGACUCUGACGUCUACAAGUGGAACUUCUGCUGCUGCUGCUGCUAUUGCGGGCAGUGACAAUAGAAGGAAGGAUGCUGCUACCGAUGCCGCGUGCCAGCGAAGGAAUGCUGGCGGCGGUAAGGAUCAAUGCUACGGCGAGACGCUCAGCAGUAUUGCCAAGCUGCACGACGUUUCUAUGGAUGAUAUACGGCAAUAUAACCCGCAGUUGUCUGUCUUUGGAGACAGUGACGUGCUGCCGCCGAAUACAUUCAUCAAAAUGAAGCUUCCCAUAAACCAGUUGACCCCUUAUGACACGCCUUGUAGAAAAGCAAUUCCCAGUACUCCCGUUACCGAGCGGCCGCUGCAGUUAGAAGACAUGGUGUCAGUCGAUAGUCCGUUGCCGCUGGCGCCGCUGCCGAACGUGCAGGAGGCACGCCGGCGCCUUCUUUACAUGGAGGGAAUGCUGUCGAGCCGCGAAAAAAGCAACCAGCGCCGCGAGCCGGUCGCUGAAUGCGCCGACACAGCGAGGGGCCUGCUCCUGCUGCUGCCCUCGCCGUCGCCAAGCCGCCGUUGCCCGUCACAGGACGACACGGUUUGCAGCAAUGGUGCAAGGGAUGAGUUGCACUUUUACUCCCCCACUCCGAAGAAAGGCCCUAACCCCAUCGACAAUGCACCACCACCAGAAGCAGCGGCAGCAGCCACACGGACGCCCGGUAACACGCUGAGGGUUACCAACACCGCGAACAACACCAACUCCGCUGCAUCAUCAGUCGUUCCGACGUCUCUUCUAUCAGGUUCGCGGGUUGCUAAGCCGCCUGUUGCAAGGCCUGCCACUACGGCGGCUGAGCCAAAUAACAAGACGUCGGUAUCACCGACUAACCGGAUUAGUGCGGCCGACGGUGAUAAUUCUUUCACGACCGAAUCUUCCUCUUAUCUCUCAACUCCUACGCCGACACGGUACGUCUCGCCGGAUACGAAGCAGUUGAUGUCCAGCGGUAAGCGUUUGGGCGAAAAGAGGAGUUCAGUGGAGCCAGAGACACCAACACCAGACAAAAUAGGAAAGUCGAUGACAGUUGAAGAUAGCAAUCUGGAAGAUAACCUUUGCAAUAAUUGUGAGGCAUCGCCCAUUGGAGUAUGUGAGCCUUCCAUUUCUCUUGAGGGUGGUGAUGAGUACGACACGCUCAACUCUAUUGCUCUGCAGUACAAUACCACCGUGAAGGACGUACUGCAAUGGAAUCCGUAUUUGAUUGUUUACGAGGUGGAUGAGCCACUUCCAGCAAAUCUCCCCAUUGUUCUGCCACUGCAGAAUCAAGACCCACGAGAGCAGUAG